GGCGGGCGGACGGAACCGCUCCUCUUCCUCUUCCUCUUCCUUUUUCCCCUUCCCCGGUAGCGGGGGGGGGGGAACUGGCCCGCCCGCCGGGUCACCCCCAUGGCGGUGCUGGUGCGGACGGUGGGGCGAGCCCUGCUGGGCCGGACCGCUCCCCUGGUCCGGACCGAACGCAGCAUUAACAGCGGCGGGGCCCGCUGGGGGCCGGUGCGGCCCGGCCUCCCCGUGCCCUUCUCCUCACCCUUGGCAGGGCUGACGCGAGCCUUCCGCAUCAAGGAACCCCCAAAGCGUAAGGAGGUGGAUCGGUGGACGGAAAAACGGGCCUUGUUCGGGGUCUACGAUAACGUGGGGAUCCUGGGCGGCUUCCAGCUCCACCCGAAGAACCUCAUCGUGGGGCCCAAGUGGCUGCAAGGGUGGAAGGGAAACGAGUUGCAGAGGUGCAUCCGCAAGAAGCAGAUGGUGGGAGAUCGGAUGUUUGUAGAGGACUACCACAAACUCAGCAAGAGGAUCCGAUACUUGUACAGGCGCUUCAAUCGUACCGGGAAGCACCGCUAGGAACAACCGUGGGUUCAGCACGUGGAGCGUGGUUUUGCGGCAUCGCGGUCAGAAUAAAGCCGGCUUUCACACAGUUGGGUUCCCAGUGCUUUCUGCAACCUUCACGGUGCGUUUCUGGCCCAGUCCCAAAGUCCUGCUGCCGCUCCAGGCCCGAGCUCCUCUGUGCAAGUUCUGCAUGCUCAAUCAUUUCUGACACACUUCUCGCAGACGUCUGUUACAGUCUGCAUCCCAGAACUUGACCUGAGAGUCCUCUAUUUUUUGGCCAGGCUUCUAGCAUCCUUUCGGUUGCUGUGAGCCCCAGGUCCUCGUGUCCUGCUUGACAAUUUCAGUAUGCUCCAGCUUAGAUUUUUGCUCAUAGCCAAAUUUUCAAGUUAGUGCUAAGAGUGCCUGCUAAUAUGUCUUCCUGCUCACUGCUUGCCUCCUUGCCCUCCAUUUAUCUGUGAUUAAUAUUAAACCGUGAACGAUCCAAGCAUUAGUUGAAAUGCAUCAAAAUGUGUCUUAAGAACAGGAUUUGUCUCUGUUUCACGCUGAUGAUGACAUAACCCCGCACUAAUGACACCUACUCACCAAGCGGCCUUUUCCUCUUAAUUUACUCAGGAUUUGCAAAAGUUGUUCAGGCACUUAACUGUUUCAAAAAACUCUAGCUUCUAGUUUUCUAUAACUGUUACCAGUUCCUUUAGGGGAGAAGUUACAGUAAGUCAAAGACUGUUGUAUACUUCAGAAAAAUCUGUACGAUGAGCAGGUAUUUGCCUCUCUCUUCUCCUUUAGUUGUUAAUUUGGCUGCUAGGUAAUUGGGGAGUUACCUGCUGACUUGAUGUAUUUUGUUACACAGCAAUGCUACUCCUGUCUUUUAAAAGUACUUGGCUGGAAGCGGCAGGGAAUGGAAAGAACUCCUUUGAGGUCUAAGCCGUAGGAAGGUGAAGCCAAAGCCUCUGUUCAGGCAGCUGAAGUCCAUGUUCUCAGAGCAGGGUGGCAGACCUGUGGGACUCUUUGCCAGAAGUUGUUCUGGCUUCAAGAAAUGUCCACGGAUCCAAGUGGAGACUGAGCAAGCACCUGGAAGAGAGCAGCUAGGGGUUAUUACAUAUGUAAACCACAGGUGUAGUAAAUCCUUAGCUGAAAGUAUAUCAGUGACUGGAAAAGCAUCAGAGAAAAGCAUCACGUAGCCUUUGUCGCCUCUCAGUCCUUAAGCACCGACUUGGCAAGGGCUCUGUGGACCGGUAGUUCCACAAGCUCCAUCCUCCGUGAUUCGCAAUUGUUAUUGGAACGGUCUUCGCGCUGCGGCGGGAAGGUCGCCAAGCUACAGAAGCUUCUUCUCAGCUUGUCUGAAGGCACAGCUUAAAAACCUUCAGUUCUGCUGAGGCUAGUGCUAGGCUGCUCCUUAACCCCCAGUAGUCCUAUCUGCAAAUCCCCUGGUUGUAGUCACAACCCUGUUUUAAGUUUUCACCUUCCUUG